AUGGACUUCACCAAGGUUGUCAGCGAUGGAUAUGCGUCUGGGGAGAGCACCUGCUCCACGGACACAGGAGUUUGUUGCUGUCUCGCUUGGAGGCUGCCAAAAGCUACCCAGGCCAGCAUCCGCAAGGAGCAGCUGCGAGCUCUGCACAUUGAGAUCGCGUCUUUCCGCGAGCUCGUAGGGGCUGUGCAGAUCGAGGUCUCCGCCACAGCCGGGGCGCUUCAAUGCAAAGACUCCAGGCAUCUGGCGAUCAGUGCAGAGGAUGUGGCACUGCGGCUUGGGCAGCUGCUAUGCGGAUGGUGCUCCAGCCAGGAUCCCGCGAUUGAGCUCACCGUGGGUAUGCAUACAGGAGGUCUCGACAUCGUCCACCUGCCUGGUGGCCAGCGCCUCUUUGUGGGCUCGGCGCUGCUCGGUGCCUCGGAGCUCGCCACCGAGGCUCCAAAGACUCGGGCCUCGCUUUCCAAGCGGGUCUUCCUACAGAUCAUCAACACACCAAGACCUACUCAGGCUUCGAUCCUGAAGCUCUUCAAGGAUUGUGGGCUUGUGAUUAAGCUUUUCGCCAGUGGUGAUUUUCGUACUUCUUUGACCAACAGGCUGCUGGUGAUCGGGUGUGGUCCCGCGGGGAUUCAAAUCGUCCGCAACUUGUGGUCGGAGUUUGACCUGACGCUUGUCGAGCCGAAGGACUACUACGAAUACACUCCUGGCAUCCUCCGGGGUCUCUGCGACCAGGAGCACCUGGAAUCCUUGCAGGUGCCUCUGUCACAAGCCCUUGAUGGCUUUCAGCUGCGGCACAUCCGGGGGAAGGUAACACAGCUGCACGAGCGGUCUGCCAUCGUCGCCCCAUGCUCACAAGGUCCCAGCACGCCGGAGUUCGAAGUCGUGGAGUUCGACUAUGCUGUGAUAGCAGCAGGCUCCCGCUACGUGGGGAGCAGCCACUGGAAAGUGGGAGGCGAUGACGCUGCGCAGCAGAGCCGAGAAGGCCGCCAACAAGGCUUAGCCGCGCUGCGCGCGCGUUUGGUGCAGAGGGCAGAGCGCGGAGAGCCCGCGGUUCUUUUGGGUGGUGGCCUCGUCGGUGUGGAGCUCGCUGCUGAGUUGGCCCACUUCAUGCCAAGCUUGCAAGUCAUCUUGGUGGACAAGUGCGCACGGCCCCUGCCGACCAUGCCCGCCGACGCGCAGGACUAUGCGGAGUCCUGGCUGCGGGAUCAUGGGAUCGACCUUCGCCUGGGAAAGGAGCUGCCUCGAGAAGAGCGGCCACUGCUCGAAGCGCUGGGUGUGCGUGAGGCCGAGGUGCUGCAAUGCACCGGCCUGUCUAUGUGCUGCGACUUCGCUGCAGACCUGCGCUGUCGCGACGGAUACGGUCAGUUGCGCACCAACCGGUCUAUGCAGGUCCUGUCUUCGGAGCCAGAAGGCAACGCAGUCGCCGCGGGACACAUUUUCGCUCUUGGCGACUGUGUCUCCGUCCAGGGCACCACGGUGCCGCUCUCCAAAGACAUAUAUCCGGCGGAGGCCAUGGCGGAGGUUGUCACUGCCAACCUGCGCAACUUGCUCCAGAGCAACAGCGAGUUGCAGGAGCUACCAGCCCAACUCUGGGAACUGACGCUUUGCUCUUUGGGCCCUGACGACUGCAUCUUCAUCAUGAAUGGCCGCGUGAUGGCCACUGGAUGGAUGGCCGUGCAGAUGAAGCACCAAGUCGAGGUGACCAAGAUGGGGCAAAUGAAGCAAGAGAUGUGGGGUCGCUUGGUGUGGAGCUUGAUACCCCACUGGUGA